AAUCAGCUGUUGACAACAACAACAACAGCCACAACAAUUUGAUGUGUAAGAACAACAACACGACCAGCAGUAGAAACUAUAUCACUGUUACGAAAUUCUAACAACAGCACCACCAUUGGCCAUAAAAAUAACAAACACUACCACCACAACCAAUAAGAGAAGAAAUGUUACCAACUACUACUACCAACGCUACCGGCUUUAAUUACGAAUAAAAACACACCACUCUGUCACUAACAACCAUUAACACCAUCAGAACAACAACAACAUUUACAGUACCAUUAGGAGUCAACACCAACUAAGCCUGCACUCGCAACUUUGCUUUUUUGUCUGCCUUUGCGAUUUGACAGAUACCCUUUCAUCAUUCUCUGCCGCUUUCUCUCAAUAUAUAUAUAUAAACACCAUUUCAUACGCUUAGAUAUAGACAAGUAAUACCACACGCACACAGAGAACUUACAUAACUUUCUGGAAUUGUUUAACUUCAAAGAACUAAACGAAUAUUUAUGGACAACACUAAAUUUGGUUAGAACUUGCCCUAGUGAUUCACACUUUAUGGAACCAAAUGCAUUUUUGAGGAGGUCAAAGAAAGCCACGUAUAAUAAUUUGUGUUGUUCAUGGCAUUUAACUUAUAGCUGGAAAGUACAGAAUACCCUAUCAUCGGUGUAUCUGAAGAAUUGAGAAGCAGACUGAGAUUCAGAGUGAUACUUUUGUAACCGGAAGAAUGUUGAAAUUCAGAAGUCUUUUCACUGACUUUUUGCAAACUCCAAUUCAUCAAAACUGAAUGGUUUCUUCCACAGUAGGAAUAUACCUAAUUAGAUAUUGACCAAAAUAUCUUAUUUUCAUCUGUUAGACUCCUAAAAAAAAACUCAUCAUGACAACCAUUUCAUCAGAAAAAAGCAGUGUCUCUGGCCCAGACGAUACAAACCCUCAAGCCAUGAACACUUCCAGUGAUAAACUUCAGCCAUCCAGAAGCAGACUUUCAUUUUUGACUGCAAAGUUAUUCCUGUCAAUAGUUGCAUCAGCAAUGGGAUCCUUCAUGUUUGGUUAUGGCAGUGGCGUCAUAAAUUCUCCACAAGGACUUGUGAAGGAUUUCAUCAAUGCUACAGUUCUAGAUAGAAAUGGUGAACCCAGUAAGCUUUCACAUUUGAACAAUUACUGGUCAUUAAUAGUGGCAAUCUUUGCUGUUGGAGGUAUGAUUGGUGGACUUUCUGGCGGUGUCUGGGCUGACUUCUUUGGAAGAAAGCGAGGAAUCAUGCUGAAUUGUCCAAUUGGUGUUCUUGGUUCUGUAUUAAUUGUACUUAGCAAAACAUGCAAGUCUUUCGAGAUGAUUAUUAUUGGUCGGUUGGUUCUGGGAGUCAAUUGUGGUCUAACCACAGUCCUCACUCCAAUGUAUUUGUCGGAAAUUGCCCCGGCCAAUAUCCGAGGAGCACUGGGUGUUGUGCACCAGCUGAGUAUAACUCUUGGGGUCCUCAUAUCACAAGUAUUAGGUUUUCCUGAACUCAUGGGUACUGAAUCCUCAUGGCCCAUAUUACUUGGUCUGACGUUCAUUCCAGCUGCCAUACAGUUACCACUUUUGAUAUUUUGUCCAGAAAGUCCUCGUUUUCUGCUUAUUUCUAGAAAUGAAGAGACUCGAUCCAGAGAAGUGCUUAUGGAGUUACGUGGCAAUUUCGAUGUGGAGUUGGAUAUUGAAGACAUGAAACAUGAACAAAGGAUGUGUGAAUCAGAGCCCAAGAUCAGUAUCUGGGAGCUCAUGUUCAAGUCAGAACUCCGUAGGCCACUCGUUAUUGGAAUGGUGAUGCAACUCUCUCAACAGUGCAGUGGGAUUCUUGCCGUCUUGUAUUAUUCUCAUUCACUGUUCACCAUGACCGGAAUGAGUGACAACACAGCCAACCAUGCCGACAGUUCUAUUGGAGCCGUUCUGGUAGUGAUGACCUUCAUCAGCAUCCCUCUUAUGGAAUCGACUGGCCGUCGUGCACUACACCUCAUUGGUUUAAUGGGGAUGUUUAUACUCAGCAUUUUCUUGAACAUCUCUCUGGUGCUUUCUGACACUUAUGAUGCAAUGCAGGUUGUUAGUAUCGUUAUUGUAAUCCUUUUUGUGGGAUUUUUCUCUAUUGGACCUGGUUCCAUACCCUGGUUGAUUGUGGCUGAACUCUUUUCACAAGGAGCUCGAUCCUCUGCCAUGAGUGUCUGUGUGAUGAUCAACUGGUUAAGCAACUUCCUCAAUGCAUUUACUUUCCCUUAUGUCGAGAAAGGACUGAAGCACCUAUCCUUCUUACCGUUUACCAUUCUGCUUCUGCUGUUUUGGAUUUUCACCUACAUGUUUCUGCCAGAGACAAAAGACAAGACGUUUCAACAGAUUUCAGAAAUCUUCUCACAGAAGACAUUGAGCAGUCAAUCGAAAUCAAAUGGUGUUGCUAAGGAAAAUAGUCACUUGGUUGGGUUCCGAAAUAUGUGAGAGCUUUUGAUAUACACACAGGUUUGCAAAUGGGUAUAUACAUACACUUAAAAUACACUCAACUUCAAAUAUUACUUUCAUAUAUGUGCAUGUCAGCAUAUGUACAUGAUUAUGUAUAAUUUCUCACAUAUACAAGUGCUCAGACACACACACACACACACAUAUAUAUAUAUAUACACUAUAUAUACACACAUAGAAUACACACAUAUUUAGUAUAUGCU